ACGGCGGUGCUAGCGGUAGCAGUUGUAAUCGAGGCGAAGGGGGUCUCCCGUGAUAACACCUUUAGAUGAUCCACUCGAAUUAAAUUCAUUUUUUGCCUGGAUAUUCCCGAAGCUGUUAGUGGAAGUUAAAAGGAGAAGGGAGGAAGGAAAAACAGAGUGAUUUACCGAGAGAAAGCAGCGACGGCGGCGGCGGCUGCCCACGGCUUCGUCUGCGCUCUGCAUCCCAGCUGUCGCGAGCGCUCGGAGGCGUUCGGUCGGUCAGUCCGCGCGCGCUUUUCUCUGCUGUCAAAAUAAUGGACGAAGAAAACCUCGUGCCUGAUGAUCUCUCAUUGGAAGAGAGAGAAGAACUGUUAAAUAUACGAAGGAGAAAAAAAGAGCUAAUGGACGACAUUGAGAGGCUGAAGUUUGAGAUUGCAGAAGUUAUGACAGAAAUUGAGCAUCUGACCUGUGUGGGUGAGAGUAAAACAUCCCAGAGAAACAAGCAAAUUGCAAUGGGGAGAAAAAAGUUCAACAUGGAUCCCAAAAAGGGGAUCCAGUUUCUCCUUGAAAAUGAUCUUUUGCAAAACACUCCAGAAGAUAUAGCUCAGUUCUUGUAUAAAGGUGAAGGACUGAAUAAAACUGUAAUUGGAGAUUAUUUGGGUGAACGGGAUGACUUUAAUAUAAAAGUCUUACAAGCGUUUGUUGAGCUCCAUGAAUUUGCUGACCUCAAUCUUGUUCAAGCCUUAAGACAAUUUCUUUGGAGCUUUCGGCUUCCUGGUGAAGCACAAAAGAUUGACCGCAUGAUGGAAGCAUUUGCAUCAAGGUACUGCCAGUGUAAUCCUGGGGUCUUUCAGUCAACAGAUACAUGCUAUGUUCUCUCAUUUGCAAUAAUCAUGUUGAAUACGAGUCUCCACAAUCCGAAUGUGAAGGACAAGCCUGCAGUUGAGCGGUUCAUAUCCAUGAACCGAGGGAUUAAUAAUGGAGGUGACCUCCCAGAGGAGCUGCUUCGGAACUUAUAUGAAAGCAUCAAAAAUGAGCCAUUCAAAAUUCCUGAGGAUGAUGGGAAUGACUUAACUCAUACAUUCUUCAAUCCAGACAGAGAAGGAUGGCUUUUGAAACUUGGGGGUCGUGUGAAGACAUGGAAGCGACGGUGGUUCAUCCUGACAGAUAACUGUCUGUACUAUUUUGAAUACACAACGGAUAAGGAACCAAGAGGAAUUAUCCCUCUGGAAAAUCUCAGCAUCCGGGAAGUGGAGGAUCCCAGGAAGCCUAACUGUUUUGAACUUCAUAAUCCAAACCACAAGGGACAGGUAAUCAAGGCAUGUAAAACAGAGGCUGAUGGAAGGGUCGUGGAGGGUAAUCACGUGGUGUAUCGCAUAUCCGCUCCAACGCCAGACGAGAAAGAGGAGUGGAUAAAGUCCAUCAAAGCGAGCAUCAGCAGGGACCCGUUCUAUGAUAUGCUGGCCACAAGGAAGAGGAGAAUCGCCAACAAAAAAUAAUGGUGGCAAAAAGGGAGACCAGCAGCUCGUUCUCUUGUUUUAUUUUGUUUUUUCCUUUCAUUUUUUUUUUUCUUGGGGGGGCGGUACAGGGGUGUCAGCGUAAGUGUUGGCCCAUGCCAGGCAGUUUGACCGUGACAGGACGAAAUCGACCUGUCCAUCCUGCACGUCUGCCUCGAGUACCGUGGGGCUGGGUAACUGAUGUUGCAUUCCCUCUGCCCCGCUCCCAAAGACUGUUGCGAGAAAAUGUCUGCAUGUGCAGGAAAUCGGAAGGACUUUGAAAACAAGCAUCAAGUGCUCUUAAAAAAAACAAAACAAAAAAGCAACCCUCAUCCCCUCCUUCAUGACAGCAGAGGUGGAUGUGGAUGGGUUGGGGGGGCCAUGUUGCUCGACCAGGACCUUGUAGAUCCCCCUUUAGCAACAGCUUGGGUCAGCUGGCCUGACGUGUACCAUGAAGCCAGUGAACGAGGCUCUCCCAUCAGGAUCUGCUGAACUGGACGCUUGGAUCCGUUCUUUCCAUUUCUUCACCCCAUUUUCAGCUUGGGAGUGGAGAGGUGUUGCUAGCAUUCCGAGCUGCCAAAGCCUACUACUCUUGGCAGUUUUGUAUAUUUAAUUCAUGUACUACGACAUGUUAAAAGGUGUAAUUUCUUUUAAGUUAUAUGUAAAUACUGUACAGCUUUUCAGUUGUGUAUUAAUGCAUGUGUUCUGCACUUGUACUGGGCAGAUGCCUCUCUGUAAA